UGAGUGUGUACGACAGUAGAUGACUGUGUAUGGCAGUAGAUAACUGUGUGGGCUGCUUUGUGGUGUUGCAGGAAGACUGGUAACUAGUUUGUAUUCAAAAUGGCAGAAGAUGGCACAGAAGUUGAAAACGGAAUAUCAACAGAAGAGGAAAGUAUUCUUCUUGAGUUUCAGGCCAUUACUGGUUGGGAAGACUUUGAAAGAUGCCGGCAUCUUUUAGCUCUUCAUCAAUGGAAUUUGCAGAUCGCUGUGCAGGAUGCUUUUAAUCAAGCUGAAGGUCAACCUGAUAUUUUUAAUGAUAUUCAAGAGGAUCCUUUAUCUAUUAGUGAUCAGGAAUUUGAGAACAACGAGCCUCCAGAACCAGUGACAAGAGAACCUGUCCCAAUGGAAUGGAGUAAUUGGCUUUUGUCGAUGCUGACAAUGCCAUUUUCAUUUACAUAUUCAGUUAUGUCAGAUUUUUAUAGAUUUAUUGUUGGUUUAGUUGGGCAUGCAUUGUUUGGUGUUGAUACAACUCCAUUAGAGGAUAUUAUGAAAUUCAAAAACUCUUUUGAAUCAAAAUAUGGUAGAGUACAUCCAACAUUUUAUGAAGGCAGUUACAGUCAGGUGAUUGAAGAUGCAAAGAAAGAAUUAAGAUUUUUGUUAGUAUAUCUUCACUCAUCUGAACAUAAUGACACAGACCAGUUUUGCAGAUCCACUCUAACUAAUGAAGCUAUUCGAGAUUAUGUAAAUGGAAAUAUGUUAUUUUGGGCAGUAGAUGUCAGCAGCAAAGAGGGCUGUAGAGUAUCACGUGCUCUCCGUGAGACAACUUAUCCUUUUAUGGCAGUAAUAUGUCUACGAGAUAGUAGAAUGAUGGUUGUGGCUAGGCUGCAAGGUAUGAUGGAUGUAGAUAAUUUUAUAGCAAGACUUGCUCAAGUAAUGAAUGACAACGAACCUUCUAUCAUAGCAGCUCGUGCUGAAAGAGCAGAGAGAAGUUUUAAUCAAUCUUUGAGAGCUGAACAAGAUGCUGCUUAUCUUGAAUCACUCAGAGCUGAUGAAGAAAAGGAUCGACAAAAAAGUUUACUGGCAGAAACGAAACGUUUGGAAGAAGAAAGAAAGAAAGACAAACAAGAAUCGAUUCAAAACAAAAUAAUGGAAAUUACGAGAAAAAGGGCUGAACUAUCAUCAAGUCUGCCACCAGAACCUGACAGUAAUGAUUCAAAUGCAAUUUGUAUCGUUGUUCGUUUACCUAAUGGUGAGAGAAUGGACAGGCGAUUUUUAAAAAUGGAUCGUUUACAGACACUCUACCAUUACGUUUUUUGUAAUGAUCAAUGUCCGCACGAUUUUAAACUGGUUAGCAACUUUCCACGUAAGGUCCUGGAACUAGGAGACAACAAGGACAUCACAUUAAAUGACGUUGGUUUAACGACAUCUGCUACUUUGUAUGUCCAUGAUUUGACAGAAAAUAGCAGCGAUGAAGAUUAAGGACGGCAUCUUGUCUCGAAAAAUCCUUACUCACAGAGACUUUUACAAAAAAAGAAGAAGUAGCUGUUACAACAGAAGAUUUCGUGGGUGAAUUUUUGGCAUUGAUCAUCAAAGCAAAUUUCGAAGGUGAAUUAUCGUUGUUGAUCAUUAAAGUAAAUUAGGACAAGCCUUACCUUCUGGUUGUUGGAAACCUGGGAGCUUAUUCAUCAAAAUCUAAUAAACGCAAAUGCCAUUUUGUGAGCAGGAGUUGUCUUUUAAGUUUUGAUAUAUUCAUGCAGAAUGGGUAACCAGAGCUUUUAAAAUAUGAAUCCUAAUUUUUUAAAAAAAUAUUUUGCUGUUUAAGAAAUCUGCGUGGGAAGAAUCAUUCAAUUUCUACAUUUUCUCAUAACGUAGCCACAUUUUUGCUUUCUGUAGUAAUUUUGUAAGAGAGUGAUGAAAUUACUGGACUAGUUUAUGAGAGAAGGGGAAGUUCUUACGCUUAAAAUUAGUGUUGUCAGUUGUCUUUAAGUAACGCUGCUUUUAAGUUAGUUUGCUUAAAGUAUUUAGAUGCAAGCUAUUAUCAGAUCAACAUAUAGUGUUUGAUAUAAUGUCACAAUCGCUCGUUAACUUCUAACAACUUCUAACAUUUCAUUGAAAUAUAUGAUGUUUGUUUAACAAAAAAACAAACAAACUUUUUCUGACGUAUCUUGUUAAUACAUUUGUCACUUGAGUUCA